GUGAGGGUGGAAGUUUGAACAGUUUGCACGGCAGCUGAAAGGAUUACUCUUCACAUUUGGCUGGCCUUUCUAGCAUCAGGGGGACAAUGACUAGUCAGGAACAGACCUGGGAAGAUCUGGAUUCAGAAUUUGAUCAUUACCUUGUGGAUAUGAAACCUUGGGUUUUGAAACUGACCCACAAACCAGACCGCCAGAGAUGUGCACUUUGGAUUAAGAAGCUCUGUGAACCUUCAGGGGCAGGUACAGGAAUCACUGGGAGGAAGAAUCGUAACAUGUAUGCAAAACUGCUGCUACACAUGGUCAGACGAGGUGUAAUAGAAGGACCUUUUGCACAACGACCUGAACCGGGGAUGCUUAAAACAUUACCUACUUAUAUGUCUAUUUACUUUGAUGAGCCACGACUUUCAAGAGUACAGAGUUCCUUUAAUGAUGGUGUACCAGACUGGGUUACAGGCGAAUUAGGGGCUGAAAACUCACCAACAGAUGAUUCAUGGAAAAAGUCACCUAAAGAAAACCUCACUUCAAGGCAAGCACACAGGCGAAGAUACACAUAUGGUGAGAAAUUAAAAUCACAGAUGAAUUCAUCAGCUCACACUACUAAAUCAGAAGGAGAAAAUGCAGCUUCAGACCUCUCUGGUAAUCAACAUAAAAACCUAGUUAGUUCUUCGGAUGACAGUGACCUCGAAGCACGACUAAACAGCUGGAAUUUGGGGAUAGAAAACCCCAGGUAUCUAAGAGAGAAGCCUUUACCUCUGUCUCCGAUUUCCCCUAAAACCAGUCUGGGUAAAAUCAGUAGUUUCCGUGAUGACCAGGCACUUGUUCGUAUGCAUGAGAAAGAGAUUGAGAUGAAGACAAAGAUGCUUGAGGCAAAAUUUCAUGAAGAGAAGCUUAAGAUGCAGCAGAAGCAUGACGCUGACGUACAAAAGAUUCUGGACCGAAAAAAUAAUGAAAUUGAGGACCUGAAAAUAUUAUAUAGAGGCAAACAAACUGAAUCUGAAGAAAUGGUGAAGAAUCUCGAGAAAAAAGUUCAAAGCUUGAUUCGAGAAUCGCAAGUUAUUAGAGAAAGUAAAGAAAAACAGAUUGCUGAGCUCAAGAAGAUGUCUGAACAGAGUUCUGAUUCACUAAAAAAUGAAUGGGAAAAAAAGCUACUGAAUGCAGUGGCAGAAAUGGAACAGGAAAAGUUCACCCUUCAGAAGAAACACACUGAAAACAUUCAGGAGUUACUUGAUGAGACCAAUAGUCGUCUUAGCAAAAUGGAAGCCGAAUAUGCAGCACAGAGCAAGGCAACUAACCAGAUGGUUAAAGAGCUCGAAUCCCGUGUCCAGCAGCUAAGUGUAGAAGCAGAGAACAGUAGUUUGCUACGACAAAAAUUGUCUCAGGAAAAGGCAGACCUUGACAAGCUCUACCAGUCAACACAUACUGAGUUAAUGGACAUAAAGACAAGGUACAGUUCACUUCAGAGGGAAAAGGAUAGACUAAUAGAGGAGUACGAAGAGAAGAUACGACAGAUACAAAGCAAAUCUGCUUCAGAUGUGAACUUCAUGAUGCAGGAGCAAGCCCUGUCAGCUGCUAAGGCCUCUGGUGUUAUUGAAGAGUUAGAAUAUACAAUAUCACAACUGAAGCAACAGGUUCAAGAUGUGGACCAUCAAAAGCAACAGCAUCUAAGGGAUUUGGAAAGCAAGUUUCAGCAUGAGAGACUUCAGCAGGAACACAUACAUGAAAAGAAGAUUCACAGUUUACAAAGUGAAAUGGAAAAAGAAAGAGCAGAACUCCAAAAGAGAAUCCGCAAACUUGAAGAAUGUCUAAGGGAGAAGGAAGAUCAGCUGACUCGAGUGACAGAGGUUCAAAGACAACAGGCCCAGCAGGCUGACACAGCCCUGGAGGAGUUUAAAAAGCAGGUGGAGUUGAACUCAGAAAAAGUAUAUGCUGAUAUGAAACAGCAGAUGGAGAAGGUUGAGGCUGAUCUAAGCAGAUCAAAAUGCCUGCGUGAGAAGCAGUCCAAGGAGUUCAUAUGGCAGCUGGAGGAGCUUAAGCAGCGUUAUGAGCAACAGAUAGUGGAACUGAAGCUGGAGCAUGAACAGGAGAAGACGCACCUAUUCCAACAGCAUAAUGCAGAGAAGGAUAACCUAGUCCAGGACCAUGAACGGGAAAUUGAGAAACUGGAAAAACAGCUUCGCGCCGCCAUGCUGGAACAUGAAAACAAAACCCAAGAAUGGAGAAAAAGAGAUGCCCAGACUAUUGCAGAAUUGGAGGCGCAAGUUCAUCAUUUAAGAGAAGAGGUAAUUCAGAUUAAUUCUCAGAGGAAACAGCAACUUGUGGAAUUAGGACUUUUACGGGAAGAAGAAAAGCAGAAGGCUGCCCGUGACCAUGAAGCCACUGUCAGCAAGCUAAGAACUGAGAUGGAGAGAAUAAAACUGGAGAUGCAACGAGCACAUACUGCUGAAACUGAGCUUACUUUGGAAAAAGCCAACAACAGGCUGAAGAAUAUCGAGAAAGAAUACAGUCAGAAGCUUGCCAAGGCUUCACAGGCUGCAGCAGAAUUACAGAGUACCAUUUCUUCCUUGCGGGAAGAGAACAGCCGGCUACAGAUUAAUGCCGAGAGGCAGCUCCAAGAUUCUUUGGGAAGGUUUGAGGAAGAGAGACGUCAGCUUAUUCGAGAUCAUGACAAAGCAAUCAAGACUUUACAAGAAGAGAUGGAAAACUGUCGUAACCAGUUACGAUGUACUGAAAAGAAACUGCAACACAGGGGAUUGGAGACACAGGAGCAGAUAACACAUGUGCGGCAAGAGUAUGAAAUGAAAAUUAAAGGUCUAAUGCCUACAUCUCUUAGGCAAGAACUUGAAGACACUAUCAGUUCACUAAAGUCACAGGUUAACUUUCUUCAGAAAAGAGCAUCUGUGCUUCAAGAAGAACUUAAUACUUACCGAAACAGAAAGUAACCUGGGAGUUGGUUGUUUUCCUUUUGCAACAUAGACGCACUGAUGUAUCAGGGCUGUGACAGUGAAUUUCACUCCAGAAGCACAGAUUGCAGGACUGGGGUCCCCCUUAUUAAGCUGUGAGAUUGCUGAAUUUUACUAAUACAAUGUAUUUUUUAUAAAGAUGAGGAAUCACAGAGCCAUAUUACUAUACCAUUUGUUACUUUAUCAUUGUAUUUGUUAAUCCCAUAAACCUGAUCGUAUUUUUUUUUGUGUGUAAAAUAACUUUGUAACUCCUGUGGUAUUGUAUUUGUUUUGUAUUUUUAAAUGUGCCAUCUGCAAAACUUCAUAUCAUAUUUUAUUAUUCAGUUGUGUAAAUAUUCAUUUUUAUACUGAUUUUAUUUUGAA